AUAAAAGUUAAAUCGCAUUUACAUGUUAUAUCUCUGACCAAAAAAGUUUACUUAACUCUCCGUAUAGCCAACCCCCACACAAACAAGUGGUAUAAAAAGCGAUGUCGACUAUCAAUAUCGAUGCAAACACUGGUAACUCGCGUAAGAUCUCAUUGACUACACCACGGAUGCCAGCCAUGAGACGGUUAAGUGAUAUCGACAACAACUGUUUGGACACAUCGGUGUUCAAACCGGUGGACGAGAAACUCCUAUUUAACGGCAACUCCGUUCAGCUCAGCAAAUACACGUUUGAGGACAGCACGGGUGUCAUCAAGUCGGCGGAGAUUAUUAAGCGGAAGUACAGCGUCGCCAACGGAUCUGAGGCCGAGGAUGCGCUCAGUGUCUUGAGUAUAGCCAUACUUCGGCGGCAUAUUCUGUGCGAUUGCCUACUGUUGAUCAAACAGUACCGGCCCACACUCAAGUCCUAUGUGCUGGAGUUCCCCGCAAAGAUCAUUGAGCACCCGGUGGUCGAGGAGGAGGGUAGCAGUGAUGAGGAGACCGGCGAGACGGCCAUCAGAGACGUCGAGGACAACACCGGAUAUAAGUCGACGGAUAUUCAUCACAUCAGCCCCGAGACCGCCUUAGAUCCCGAAUUAUGCGACGGAAAGAUCCGAUUGGUGUCUCUCGUCAUCGAUGGCGACGACCCCAUUAAAAAUGGGUUCAUUAAUGGACACCACAAUGAGAAACAUACCGAGAUUGAGGUGCACCAGGUGCCCAUCAACGGCCUACUGGACCGACUUAACGAGUAUAGUAAGCGGGGAGUAGUAGUCGACUCCCGGGUCUACGCGUUCGCCAUAGGCCUCAAGAAGGGCGAAAAGUUGGCUCAAAUACACGCCAAACCCGAGGACAUCGAAAGUGCUCUUUAAUUAUAUGUUUUUAAUUGCUUUCAUAUUAUUAUUAUUUUAUUUUUCUGCGUUUUGUUUUGUAUUUAAAAUAAAUAUAAUUUAUACAAGCAUA